AUGAAGAGAGGAGUCAGUGGAGUGAAGAGCGAGUGGGCGGCAGUGAAGCCUUCAUCCUGCCUCCAUGCCCCACUCCAGCGUCGGGCCGGGAUUGGCCGAUGGUAUUUGCAACCUGGUGAUUGCAUCAUCGGCAGUAUUACUUCUCAGAUGUUAAUGCCAGAAGAACAGAAUGACUUCACACAACAUCCCAGUGAACAAGUGUUUGGAGACACUCAAGUACUGACUAAGAACUACCAGCAUGCUUUAGCGCUGAUAUAUGCUGUGAAAGAGAUCAACGAAAACCACCAGAUUUUACCUAAUGUCACCUUGGGCUUCCACAUUUAUGACAGUUACUAUCUUGCACACUGGACCUACCACAGCACAAUGGAACUUCUCUCAACAUACAACAGAUUUAUCCCAAACUAUAAGUGUGGCAUCAAGAACAAAGUGAUGGCUGUCAUUGGGGCUCUUUACUCUGCAAUCUCACUCCACAUGUCCAACAUCUUGGGCACCUAUAAAGUUCCACAGCUGCACCACUUUCUAAUGCACCUAUCAUUCAAUAACAGUGUUGGGGAUGAGUUUGUUUUUGACUUGAACAGGGAAUUGGUAGCUGGAUUUGAUAUUAUAAACUGGGUCACUUUUCCAAACCAGUCUGUUCAAAAAGUGAAAAUUGGAAGGGUGGAUCCACAGGCAAAGUCAUUCGCCAUUAAUGAAGGUGCCAUCACAUGGCACAAGCGUUUUAACCAGACAUUGCCCUUUUCUAAGUGUAAUGACAACUGCCACCCAGGUUAUAGCAAGAAAAUGAAGGAGGGGGAGCCAUUUUGCUGUUAUGAUUGCAGCCAAUGUCCAGAAGGGAAGAUUUCAAGCCAGAUGGACAUGGAUGACUGUAUUCAGUGUCCAAAUGAUCAGUAUCCAAACAAGGACCAUGACUUCUGCAUUCCGAAGAUAAUAACAUACCUAUCAUAUGAAGAACCUUUGGGACACAGUUUAGUCUUCUUUGCUCUUUCCCUUUCUAUCAUCACAACUCUAGUCUUAGGAAUCUUUAAGAAGCACCACAACACUCCUAUCGUCAAAGCCAAUAACAGGACCCUCACUUACACUCUUCUCAUCUCCCUCCUGCUCUGCUUCCUUUCUGCAUUGCUAUUCAUCAACCAGCCUGAGAAAGUGACAUGUCUCUUCAGGCAAACUGCUUUUGGCAUCAUCUUCUCUGUGGCUGUGUCUUCCGUGUUGGCCAAAACCAUUACUGUGGUUCUGGCUUUCGUGGCCACCAAGCCAGGAAGCAGGAUGAGGAAAUGGUUGGGGAAAAGACUGGCCAACUCCAUUGUCCUUGGCUGCUCAUUUGUCCAAGCAGGCAUUUGUGCUGUGUGGUUGGCAACCACUCCUCCAUUCCCUGAUGUUGACAUGGACUCCGUGCCUGAAGAAAUUGUCUUGGAAUGUAAUGAGGGCUCCGUGACCAUGUUUUACUGUGUCCUGGGUUAUAUGGGUUUCCUGGCACUUUUCAGCUUCACUGUGGCUUUUCUUGCAAGGAAAUUACCCAACAGUUUCAAUGAGGCCAAGUUUAUCACUUUCAGCAUGUUGGUCUUUUGCAGUGUUUGGUUAUCUUUUGUUCCCACUUAUUUGAGCACCAAGGGGAAAUACAUGGUAGCUGUGGAGAUCUUCUCCAUCCUAUCUUCCAGUGCUGGGUUGCUUGGUUGCAUCUUUUUUCCUAAAUGUUACAUUAUUUUGUUGAGGCCUGAGUUGAACAACAGGGAAAUACUAAGAGUGAAAUAA